ACUCGCGCAAGUCAAGCCAAGAUAAGCGGAAGUGACGCUCGCAAUUGCAUUAGCACUUUAUCUGCUUCGUACUAGCAGAGCCGCGGCUAUUGGCCAUUUCCUAUGUAAAUGUGCGACGUUCAAGAAAAAUCACUUAGCUCGCGCAUAAACAGCAUAAUCGCAGCCGCCGCUUGACCGCGCCAGCUUGACGCGCAAUGCGAACCAGCCUUGUUUUACUCUCUUGAUUCCCAGGUGCGGAACUUUUAGGGGCUCCAAAGCUAGAACUACGCCCAACUCCUCUAAAUGUGGACAAGUAUAUCCGCGCGGAACAGUUGAUCAUUGGCAUUGCUCGGAAAUUCGACGAUUCCAAAAUUAUUUGUUGAACCUGUUCGCGAGUCGAGACUGUGCAGUAGGUGUACCUUCGUGUAUACUGCAUACAUAUACAUCUCGCGGGCGCUUGAGUCAGCUCAACCGCACGAGUGUCAGAAGACUCAGAAGAGAGAACGCGCAGCCCCCUCCCCCACUACGCUCUCCUCGCGGCUCGCGAUCAACUGUAUACAUAUAUAUGCUACUGUCGCUGCUGCUGCUGAUCAGAGCGCUCAAAUCGUACACUGUGCAGUGUGUGUAGCUUCUAGUUGGCUAGUUUUCGGCAACUGACGACAAGCAAGAGCAUCAGCAGAGUGUGCCAGCAGAGUGUGACGGGCUCAAGACAACUGCAGCAGUCAGCCGCAUACCAGCUGCGCGCGAAGCAAGACUCGCGGAUCCUUUUCGAGGGCCCCCCAUCAUCCAGCGCAGCAAAGCAACCUGCUCCGACUCCCCCUCUCUCCUGCAGUUAGCAGCUCCGAUUCUUGAAAAUACACAACUAAGCCGCAGUGGCCUAUGUGCAGCAGCUAUUUUUCAUCGAUAACUUUCAACAACUGGCUGCUCUGACGCAUACUACUUGCUGACUCCUCUUCGUCCUGAUACGACGACGUUCCACUCGGCCAGCUCGGGCUUACACAUCAGUAUCCGCCUGUCUGCGUAUACUCGCGGAAAGACUUGAACAUUUUGACGAACCAGCUCCGGACUUGCGUGCAAGAUGUCGGCAGGACCGUACAAUUACUCUUAUAUUUUCAAGUACAUCAUCAUAGGUGAUAUGGGGGUGGGAAAAUCAUGUUUACUCCACCAAUUUACAGAAAAAAAAUUUAUGGCUGACUGUCCUCACACUAUUGGUGUGGAAUUUGGAACGAGAAUUAUUGAAGUAGCAGGUCAAAAAAUUAAACUCCAAAUAUGGGAUACAGCUGGUCAGGAGCGUUUCAGAGCAGUUACAAGAUCUUACUAUCGUGGAGCUGCCGGUGCCCUGAUGGUUUAUGAUAUUACACGACGAUCAACUUACAAUCAUCUGAGCAGCUGGUUGACAGAUACAAGAAAUCUUACAAAUCCAAGCACUGUAAUAUUUUUAAUUGGAAACAAGAGUGAUUUGGAUGAACAACGAGAUGUUACUUAUGAAGAAGCAAAGCAGUUUGCUGAUGAAAAUGGACUGAUGUUUGUAGAAGCUAGUGCAAAAACGGGAGAUAAUGUAGAAGAAGCGUUUUUGGAAACGGCCAAGAAAAUCUUCCAGAGCAUACAAGAUGGCCGUUUGGAUCUGAAUGCAGCAGAAUCAGGUGUGCAACAUAAUCCAAGUCAGCCUGGUCGUACCAAUUUACAAGGGGUAUUAAGUGUACAACAAGGAGGGAAAGACUCAUGCUCUUGUUAAGCCACUAUUUAUCUGUAUAUAGGCCCUCUUAUGCAUUAAUAUUAAUAAUGCAUAAUACAUGAUUUACAUAAAAACAAGGAAAACUAUGCCCUGUCCAGAUAUUUGAUAACAAGUGUUUGUUCAAGGGCAGUCUUGAUAUCCAGGAUAUUUUUUUCAGUUGACAAAUUAUUAAAAAAAAAACUUUCAUAAUAUAAUGGCUUUUUUUAUAAAAUAUGAGUAACAUAAAUUUAUGAAGCAGAUAACUAAAAUGAUUUCUUACUAGAAAUAGCUUGAAAUCCACGAAUUUCACCCAACUAUUGGUAUUCAGCUUGGAAAACUAGUUUGCCAUAAUGAAAAAAAUAAUCGAUGAUAAAUAUUAUAUUGAUGGAUAAAUUAUUGAAUAAUCUAUCCUUACUGUGUUACAUAUACUUGAUGUUUGUAAGAUCAAGCAAAAUCAAGGAAUUAAGGAUUUGUUUCAUUCCUCUAUGCACUACAUUUAGAUUGUAAAAGGCGGGAACAAAAACUAUGAAAUGAUAAGGCCCGAUGGCGCGUAUUGUGAAAAAUAGUUUUUUCACAAGUCACACAUUUUGUAAAAACAAUGCGAGACUAAUCGCUAUUCUACACAAACAAACAAAAUUAUGAAAUAUUAAAUCAUGUAAGAAAAAUGUAGUGUCUAACAGUUUUCGAUUAGAUUGAUAAAUAAUAAUGAAUAAUAAUAUUAAGUAAGUAAAUAGUAAAUUGAACAUUUGUAUGACCGUUAUAAAAUGUAUUUAAAACUACUUUAAUGCCGUUAUGAAGGUGUGCUUUAUCUACUAAUACUAAAUUUUAAAUGGAAAAUUAUUGUAUUGUUAUUAUAAUUUAUAGCAUUAAAGAAAUUAUAAAUUGUAUGUAUAUAAAUGAUUUAUUUUGCUAAAUGCAAUCAAGUAA